AUGUCGCAGAGAUUACGUGAAGCCUUUGAACAUCCCAAUUUUAGGAAUAUGCUGGAUGGAUUUGUAGAAACAGAUGAAACCUUUAUUGGAGGCAAGAACAAAAAUAGACACAAAGAUAAGAAAGUUCCUAAAUCGCAAGGCAGGAGUUGGAAAGAUAAAACUCCAUCGAUGAUUAAAAAGAAUGUUAAAAAAGGUUCUAAUCUUUACUCUGAUGAUUGGUACCGACACAGCAAAAAUCUACCUAAAAUGUUUAACCACCAAAUAGUUAAUCACAAAGCAAAGCAAUAUGUCAAUGGCAAUGCUUCUACUAAUCUGAUAGAGAAUUUUUGGUCUCAUCUGAAAAGAGGCAUUUACGGAAUUUAUCAUUGGAUAAGCAAAAAACACACACAAAGAUAUGUAAAUGAAUUUACUUUUCGUUAUAAUACUCGGAAGUAUAAAGAGAAAGAUAGAUUUGACUUGAUGCUUAUUUCGGCGGCAGAAGGUAUACUAGAUUUAGCAGGGUAUAAGGUACGUUGCUAUAACUUAGAAGAUGGAACUGCAAUUUUGUCAACUCGGGGUAUGCAAAAUGCCUUAAAAAUGACCGAUGAAAAUGACAAACAAAGUUCAGGAGGUAGACUGGUCGAAAAUUUAGGUCAAAAAUCUCUUAAGUCCUUUGUAGAUAGGUUUAAAGAGGUGGGCGAUUUUGAUCCUAUUAUUUGCUAUACUGAAAAUGGCACUGAAAUCCAUGGAUAUAAAGCGACUGUAUUGCCAGACAUAUGUAAUAUCUACUUAGAAGCGAGGAGAAACAUCCAUUUAUCAUCUCGACAAGCAAUAAUUGCUGACCAAUGUGAAAUGAUAAUGAGUUCGUUUGCCAAAAUUGGUAUCAUAGCUUUAGUAGCCGAAGCUACUGGCUACCAGUAUGAGAGAGAAAGGGAUGCAUUACAAAAACAAUUAGACAAAAUCCUAGCAAGACCUGGUUUUAUUGGUACGCUAACUAAUAAAUACAUUUAUGGAAACUUACCCAAAGGUGUUUUAGAAAAACUAAAAAAAGAAACUCCCAAGGGAAAAGGAGGAAACUAUAAACAUAAUCUACACCAAUUACUAACUACUGAAGUAGGCAGAGAAGAUGCUAAAAAAACAAUUUACUCUAUCGAAACUCUUUUCUCGAUUUCAGAAAAUAUGGAAGAGUUCAGAAGGUUAGAAGAAAAGUAUAGUCGACAAAAAGAAUUACUUUACAUUGAUUUAAAUUUAACUGUAAAAGAUGAAAAAAAGCAAAUGAAGGAAGAUUUUGACAAAAAGUUUAAAGCGCUAUUAAAUAGAUUUGCAGGUCCUAUUCGAUUUUCAUUUUCAAUGGAUGAAAUUAUCACUUAUAAAGAUGGUAGUUGUGCAACAAUUUUUGUUGCAGAUUGUUUUCCUUACAAUACUUGGGAAACUGGUCAUCAGUUAAGGAUUCAUUUGGCCGAGUAUCAAAGUUAUAAACCUGAAAUUACUCUUUUUCGUUCUCGAAUGUGCUAUAGAUGCGAUAGUAUUUCUUUGGCUUGCACUCAUAGUCAAAAAUCUAGGUAUAAAGAAUUAAUUAAAGAAAGAACUUCUAUUCCCGGAACUGUUUAUGAAAUAAACAGAUUUAGCACUUGA